AUGGCGCUGUCAGGGUACGUUCCGGCUGCUGAUGAUCAACUGGAAUUCCAAGAUUUCCCUGAGGAUGAAGUGGGACCAGCAGCCCCAAAUUCAUUCACAGGGUUACCUGACCCACAUGAUGCAGAGGAGAAAGAUGAUCUUCUAACUGGGGAUAGAACACAGGCAUCGUUCUGGACGUUCGAGUAUUAUCAGGCAUUCUUUGAUGUAGACACUCACCAGGUUAUGAGCAGGCUACUUGGUUCCUUUAUUCCAAGGCUACAUAGCAACUAUCUUCAGACAUACAUCAGACCUAACCCAGAUCUUUAUGGACCAUUUUGGGUGUGCGCGACACUGAUCUGUACGAUAGCGAUAAGUGGUGACCUUGCCGCAUUCAUGCAAACUUCGGGAAAGAUGGACUUUGCGUGGCAAGCCGAUUUCAAGAAAGUUUCUAUUGCUGCGACUGCCAUAUUCUGCUAUGCGUGGCUGGUGCCGCUAAUACUGUGGGCACUGCUUUGGUUCAGAGGCAGCUCGUCCAGUUACACCUUCCUGGAAAUCGCCUGUGUGUAUGGAUACUCACUGACAGUAUAUGUGCCAAUUUCUAUAUUGUGGGUGAUUCCAUUCGUGUGGCUUCGUUGGCUUCUGCUAGUCAUUGGCACUUCCACGUCGGGGUUUGUGCUUCUGUGGGCAUUUUGGCCCGCAGUUAGAGAUGAAGGAAAGAAGAUUAUUGGAAUCGGAUGCAUGUUGCUCGUUGGACUUAUGCAUGUGGGCUUAGCAAUUGGAUUUCUGCUUUAUUUUUUCCAGGUGCCAGAGUACACAACUGGCAGUACCAUCACACCAGCUGCCAAUACGACGAUGUCGACUACUACCACAAAAAUGCCAUCAAACGUCACGUAGAGGAAAAUCACUGGAAUUUUUACACUCUGUACUCUAUAAAGGUGGUGGUAACGUAGCAACUGCCCCAGCCUCUUUAUAAAUUGAUACCCAAUGUAUCGGAACUUCAUGCAUAUAGGGUCGUGUUCUCUGUCACAGCUACAAUCGCAUGUUGAGAGUAAGGUGAUAUAUUUGGUCAAAUAAAGUGAAUAAAUCAUUUAACCUAACCUAGUAGUGCAUGACAUGCAAUGACACGAGUUCUCUGAUUAACCUUUACACGUACAUUUAACUGUAAUGUAUAUAAGAUGUGAGGAUUUAAAUUGUAGUUGAAUCGUGCAUAUUGUAAUAGUAAUGAAGGAGUAAAUGUCCAUGUGGUGGGUACAAUAAUUAA